CCCUAGGUCUCCACGGAAACGCAGCACUCUCGUGCCGAGCGGAAGCGGAAGUGCUUUGUGUCAGAUUGUCAGAUGUUGGUGUUGGCGUCAUGGUUUGUGAGAAAUGUGAGAAAAAGCUGGGCCGUGUCAUCACACCAGACACGUGGAAAGAUGGGGCCCGGAACACCACUGAGAGCGGGGGGCGCAAGCUGAAUGAAAACAAGGCCUUGACUUCCAAAAAGGGAAGGUUUGAUCCCUAUGGGAAAUCCCGCUUUGCCAUCUGUCGCAUCUGUAAGAGCUCGGUGCACCAGGCUGGCUCCAACUUCUGCCAGGGCUGCGCUUAUAAGAAAGGGAUCUGCGCCAUGUGUGGGAAGAAAGUCCUGGACACCAAAGACUACAAGCAGACCUCGGUGUGAGAGCCCCAGGGUUGAGGUCGGCUUGAGCGAAUCCAGCGGAAAGCCCGGAGGGGGUGGGGGGGUCUAGGCAGCUUGUGGGACAGGUCCUGAAUUCUGCCAUUUUCUAUUGUUAACUGCUACUAAAUGUGUUUUAAUUUUCCUACUGUACAAUUUUUAAAAGUUUGGUUUCUGUUAUUUUCAUGACCUGGUUGCUGUGCGCAGGGUUUUGCCCUCCUGUAAAGUAUUUAUACAGAGCUGUGUCCAUACCAUAGCUAAUCAUUCUGUUUCUCAUGAUUUUGCAGUAAUAUGUUUGUAACCAUUGCUGGGGUGUAAUCAGUUUGGAUGCAGCACCUUCUGACUGCCUGUAGAUGGCGGCAGAUGCCACAUGCCAGUGAAUGUCAUGCGGCAUCUUCCAGUGCAGUUCAUGAAGUAUGUCUGUACUACAAAUCGAGGUGAAAUGUCAGGGUUUGUGUUACCUUUUUUAAAAACUAGUUUAUUUAAUGUGUAUUUAAAAAAUAAAUUCACAAUUUUGUGGUAA